GGAGAGACUCUUCCGGGUUGGUCGUCGUUGUUGCCAAGGUGAGGGUUCAGAGGGCGCGCACAGGUCGUGUUGUUGUGCUUCUUAGCUCCUGUGGUGUCAAAGCUAGCUGCUGGGACCUCAGGGAUGUGAUGGCUUUCCUGAGUCUGUUCAUGAGGAGGCAAUUACCGCAGGCCGUAUGCCUCUUCGCCCGGACAGUGAAGCUUGUCCGGCCUCCCUGCGCCGGAGCUCCGCUGAGGAGGAGGCUGCAUGGCUCGUCCCGGCUUCGGAUCGGAGAGAAGGGACCGUGGGGAAAGAGCCGGGUGCCGGAGCAGCAGUACCAGCUCACAGACAUCGACAAGGCGGACGCUAUGAUGCUGAGAAAAUCCCACGAGACAGGAUUCCUCUCGUGGUUCAGGAACGGUCUGCUGGCGACUGGGAUCGGAGUAAUUGCGUUUGUCCAGAGUGAAGUUGGGAGAGAAGCUGGAUAUGCCUUCUUCCUCCUGGGAGGAGUGUGCGUCUCAUUCGGCGGUGCCACAUACAUCGGCAGCCUCUUCGCCCUGCGGAGGAUGAUGCUGCUCUCCGUGCCUGCUCUGCUGCUCCAGAGCGGAGCAGUGGGCUGCGUCGCCCUCUUCUGGCUCUGCGCGGUAUCCCUCUACAUUGGCCGCCUGGAGGUGGAGAUCAUCCACGACGAGGAGGAGGGAGAGGAUGAGGACGAGUGCCGGGAGUGCAGAGAGAGACGAGAAAAUAGGGGAUACCGGGGCUCCCACGACAGCAGACAUCAUGACAGUGAGGACAGUGAUGGCAAGGGGCCCAACAAGUAGAGAGAGUGGAGGAGGAGUGGUGUGAUGCUUUUUUUCUUCAGGGUUUACUCUCAUUUUGUAUGUAUGUGUGGUUGUGAGUGCAAUCAGUCUACAUGCCCAUGUGUAGACCGUAUGAGUCCAAAAAUAAAGGACUUAAUAUCAUUUCUUAUUUACUAUAUCAAUGAAAAGAUUAUAGAUACAGUGACUUUAAGACCUUUUGGACAACUGAUCAGAAAGUGCUGACAUUUUGGUAGUUUGUGAAUAAAUCUGCUUAUUUUCCUGUAAGAUUUCCAAUAAUCAGAUAUAUUCAAAGCUGCUUCACUUUCAUACUUUAACAAUUAAUUUCUCUGAUGGUGUAAUAUUUUACACUCUCUAGUCUCAGACAAAGAGACCACAAAGAGAACAAUACUUAUUGUUCUAUUCAGUUUUGAGGGAAUUCAUGAGCUGUUUGUCUUAUCUUGUUCGACAUAAUUUAAAGUAAUCACUUAACUGUGAUUGAAUACUUGAAGUUUUCAUAAAGAGAAAAAACAAGCUGGUUGUGAUGUGCUGAGAGAUCAAGAAAGAGUGACACUAUAUGUUCAUGUUCAGGGCUUAAACUAUAUUUUUUACAGAGCUUACCCUGUGAACUCGUUUUUUAACGUUUUGUUUUGUAAGGGGCACGGCACUUUUCUCAGUUUUUGUUUUUUCAUCACUGCAAGCUGACUUUUGAAAACAAAAAAAGAAUAUUUUUCACAGCUUUUUUCUGUGUAAUAUAUUUUGCUCUGUAUUGUAGAUAUAAAUGUACAGUACCUACAUGUAACCAUACAUCAUUUUACUGUCAGAUGAAUAUCAGACACUGGUGGACGCUGUGUUAGCUGUUUUUAGGGGUGUGAUUAAAAGGUGAUAGUAUGAAGAAGAUGGUGUGGAAAUGAGGCUCAGUUGUGUUUACGUCUAUCAUGUGUUCAACACCUGUAAUGUUCACUGCAAUAAAGUCAGACAAAAUCAA